GUGCUGUUGCGAGUGGUGAUGGUCCGUAGACGUUGUUAAAACCCGUGUUUUGUUUAAAAAUGUAUAUAAAGUGACAAAUGGAGUGUAUUAGUGUGUGUUAGUUUUACAAUUAUGAGUGAGGUUUUGAGUUAGCCGAAAUGUUUCGUUGUAUACCGAUUUUCAAAGGCUGCAACAGACAAGUGGAGUUUGUUGAUAAGAGGCACUGUUCUUUACCCAAUGUUCCCGAGGAUAUUUUACGCUAUUCCAGGAGUCUGGAGGAACUCCUCCUAGACGCUAACCACAUUCGCGAUCUUCCAAAGAACUUCUUUCGCUUGCACCGACUUAGAAAAUUGGGACUUAGUGAUAAUGAAAUCCACAGGCUACCCCCUGACAUCCAGAAUUUCGAGCACCUCGUCGAGCUCGACGUGUCUAGAAAUGAUAUCCCGGACAUUCCCGAGAGUAUCGGGCAGUUGCGCGCCCUGCGCGUGGCCGACUUCAGCUCGAACCCCAUCCCCAGGCUGCCGCCCGCCUUCAGCCAGCUCAAGUCGCUCACCAUCCUGGGACUCAACGACAUGUCGCUCACGUCGCUGCCGGCCGACUUCGGCAUGCUCACCUCGCUCACGUCGCUCGAGCUGCGGGAGAACCUGCUCAAGGAGCUGCCGCCCUCCCUGGCCCAGCUCAGCAACCUGGAGAGGCUCGACCUGGGCGACAACGAGAUAGAGGAACUGCCCCCUCACAUAGGAAAAUUACCCGCCCUCCAGGAACUCUGGUUGGACCACAACCAACUGCAGAGUCUCCCCCCCGAGAUAGGCCAGCUGAGCAACCUGACAUGUCUAGACUUGUCCGAGAACAGGCUGGAAUAUCUCCCCGAGGAGAUAGCCGGCCUGGAGAGCCUCACCGACCUCCACCUCUCCCAGAACGUGCUGGAGACGCUGCCCGACGGCAUAGGAAAACUAGACAAACUGACCAUCCUCAAAGUGGACCAAAACAGGCUCACCUCCCUGAAUUCCAACAUAGGCCACUGCCACAACCUGCAGGAGCUCAUCCUCACCGAGAACUUCCUCAGCGAGCUGCCCGUCGAGGUGGGCAAGCUGGUGAAGCUCACCAAUCUCAACGUGGACCGGAACAGUCUGACUUCCAUCCCCGAGGAGCUGGGCAACCUGUGCGAGUUGGGGGUGCUCAGUUUACGAGACAAUAGACUGACCAUGUUGCCGGACACGUUGGGCAACUGCAGGAGGCUGCACGUCCUCGACGUCUCCGGGAACCGGCUUCCGUUUCUGCCUUACACUCUGCUGCAGCUGAACCUGAAGGCGGUGUGGCUGAGCGACAACCAGGCCCAGCCUUUGCUGACGUUCCAGACCGACACGGAUCCGGAUACGGGGAAGACGGUCCUCACUUGUUUCCUGUUGCCGCAGCAGGAGUACCAACCCACGAUAGCUUCUGACGGCCGCUUGUACCGCUGUGACGUCACCCCAGGCCUUUCUAACGGUACGUUGACCCGCACAGAUGACGCCACCUCCGAGGACGACUGGCAGGAGCACGAGGCCAGCAGGACGCACUCCGUCAAGUUCACCGAUCCCCAGGAGCAGGAUAACAGAGAGACUCCUUUCGUUCGUCAGAACACGCCGCAUCCCAAAGAACUGAAGGCCAAGGCCCAUAAGUUGUUCGGCAAGGGUCAGAACUCCAUGGACGAGUCCGAUCACCAGGCCCACGACACCAGCACUCCCCAAGUCGAAGCCGUCAAUCCCCACGUUCGACAGGCCAGCGACCUCCCGAGGGUGAUCGAGCCCGAACCAGAAGCGGUCGUAGGCAACGGCCAGAUGGAGGAGAGCAGCGAACCUAGCCAAGACGAAGACACCGAUGACGAGCCCGUCCUCAGGCGAGUGGGCUUCACGGGCGGCGCUGCCGCCGCCGACGCAGACGCCGCCGCCACGAAGCCGAGCCGCCUCCACCGGCGCGACACGCCACACCACCUCAAGAACAAACGCAUCACUGCCACCGUGGACAGGGACAAGGUGGCUUCCAUCAUUGCACAGGCACUCAAGCGCAAGGAGGAGGACAGCGAGCGCACCAGCGUCUCGACGCCCCCCGGCUCCGUCGGCGACCGCAGCUGCGCCUCCAGCCAAGCAGGAGAUUCCGACGCAACGGUCGAAUUGCGAGAAGAAAAGUACGAGAUACACAUCGAGCGCUCGCAGACGGGCCUCGGUCUGUCAAUCGCGGGCGGCCGCGGCUCCACGCCCUUCAAGGGCGACGACGAGGGCAUCUUCAUAUCGCGCGUCACGGAGGGCGGCCCCGCCGACCUGGCGGGUCUCAAGGUGGGCGACAAGGUGCUCACCGUCAACGGCGUCAACGUGGUGAGCGUCAGCCACUACGACGCCGUCGAGGUGCUGAAGGCCUCGGGCCACGUGCUGAUCCUCGAGGUGACCCGCGAAGUGACCCGGCUGGUGAAGAAGCCCGAGCCGGCUCCAGCGGCGGCACCUGCCAAGCACGAGACCUACCACGUCCCCCCUCCGCCCCUGCCGCCCGUCGAGGACGACGUGCAGAUGCAGAAGGUCCUGGUGCACACCACACUCAUCCGGGACUCCCGCGGCUUGGGAUUCAGCAUAGCCGGCGGCAAGGGAUCGCAGCCUUUCAAAGCCGAUUCGGAUGCCGUGUACGUGUCGCGCAUCACCGACGGCGGCGUCGCGGACAAGGAUGGGAAGCUCACGGUGGGCGACCGGGUGGUGUCCAUCAACGGGGUAGAUUUGACCGGCGCCACCCACACCCAGGCCGUCGGGAUGCUGACGGGGCUUGAGAGGUUCGUGCGACUCACGGUGGAGAGAGAAGUACCCUUAGAUCAGAACGCCAGCCCAAGCCCCUCGCCUGGGUUGCAGCAGUCCCCCAGGUUGUUCGGACUGCCUAAGCCUUAUACGGGGCUGUACGCUGCCAACAGUUACAUGGCCAACAGGCCGGGUUACGCUGGGUACAGGAGGUCGCUAGAAGUAGACAAGAAGGUAAAGUCGCCGGAACCAAUAAAACCCCAGACUCCGCCCCAGGACCUCCCCACCACGCCCAAGACUAACGGCAUAGACCACACGCCCCGGCAAGGGGAGGCGCCCAAGCCCGCCCCGCGUCGCCUAAACUCCGCCUCCAGCGACACCCAGCCGGCCCCCGCCCCGCAGAAGCAGCCGCUGACCAAUAGCCUACCGCACAAUAAGAGCGAUCAGGGCCUUCAAAAUCAGAACUACGCCCAGGCCCAACAGAAUCAGGGCCACGCUCAAGCCAGUCAGAAUCAGAGCCACGCCCAGAACAACCACAAGAAGGCCACGCCCACCUCGUCGCUGGACAGCGACGACUCACAGGUACUGCCGAGGCCCAUCACCAACGAAGAGUUCCAGGCGAUGAUCCCCGCCCAUUUCCUCAAAAAUUCCUCCCAGUCCGCUCCCCGUCCCUCCUCCGCUUCGAGUGAUAAAAACGGCGAACACGUCGCGAAUUCCGUCACCACGGUCACUAUCAAGAGGCCGGACCCCAUCGAACUACCGCCCGCCCCCACGGGGCCGGGCCGGGUCACCGAGACCAUCACCAAGAGCACCUUUACAGAGACGGUGGUCACUAGGAUCACGGAUAAUAAGUUGGUAGAGCCCCUGAUCAUUGAGGACGUCACUCUGAGCAAGAUGGGCGGCUCGCUAGGUUUCAGUAUUAUAGGAGGCACAGACCAUUCCAGUAUCCCAUUUGGUGCUAAGGAACCUGGUAUUUUCAUCUCACACAUGGUUCCCGGGGGUACCGCAGCCAAAAGCGGUAAGCUUAGGGUGGGCGAUCGCAUUUUGAAGGUAAACGGGGCAGACGUCACACAAGCCACCCACCAGGAGGCCGUCAUGGAAUUGCUCAGACCGGGUGACUUCAUCACUUUGACAAUAAGGCACGACCCGUUGCCCGAGGGAUACCAAGAGCUAGUAAUAGAAAAGGGAGACAAUGAAAAGUUGGGAAUGCACAUUAAAGGUGGGCUUCAAGGCCAAAGGGGCAACCCCUUGGAUAGAUCCGACGAGGGCGUUUUCAUCUCCAAAAUCAAUUCGGUGGGCGCUGCGAGGCGAGACGGUCGACUUAAAGCCGGUAUGCGUUUGUUGGAAGUCAACGGAAAAUCACUGCUAGGUGCUACCCAUCAAGAAGCGGUGAAUGCUUUGAGAUCCUGCGGAAACGCAAUAUAUUUGGUCGUGUGUAAGGGAUACGACAGAGGGGAAGUAGAUAAGGCCGUAGCCGAAGGCAGACUAACCAGAACCGGAUCCGUCAGCAGUAGAUCUCAAAGCGUCAGCUCCCUGGACGUUCCCGACGAAGACAUCCAACAGGAACAAAAAAUGAAAUCCGAACUAGUACAGUUCGAGAAAGAAGAAGCAGAAAAGAGACUACAGCCGAUACAUCAGUCCGAGGAAGAUCUGUCGAUAGUGGAAGCGAAACCUUCCUCGCCGGCAGACAAAGUUCUAGAUGUGGUGCGGGCAGUGGAAACCUUAGCCCACGGGCCGAUGGAGAACUCGAUGCCCCCGAAAUCGCCCAAUCCCGAACUGAAAACCACCACGAUAGUCAUGAGCAAGCACACUUUGUCGCCCCAGCCUACCACGGAACCUAUAAUGCAUGCCGCUACAUUACCAAAAACUGUCAAACCUAACGUUCAGGUGGACACUGGUACCCUGCAACACAAAAACGAAAGCCAGCUACUUAGCACCCAUACCGAAAAUCCUUCCGAAACAAGCAGCCCCCCUCCUAGUAGAGAUAAUCCCACUCCUGAUCUGGAAUACAUCGAAGCCCAAAACCAUCCUGAAACCGUCGAUUUUUCCGUACCUAGUAACAUAAUCCCUCCACCGACAAACUAUUCAGAGAUUUUCAAUUAUCCAACUCCUCAACCCAUGUCUGCUGUAGCUUUACCUCCUUACAAUGAUUUUACGAAUAUACCUUCCAUGCAGAAUGUUAUCCAGUUUAACAGUAACGACUUUGGUUCACAUACCAGAUUAUCUAGUUUUACAAACAGGGAACAAUUCGGUACUUUCUCUUCUUCAACAAACAUGGCUGUCUCAAUACAAGCCCCCAUAAUGAGUAGUAAUAUUUCGCUAAAUAGGUAUUCGAUGGUUCCCAUGUCUCAACCCCAACAGUUCGAAAUUAACGUUUACAAUACUUUGCCACAAGCUAAGUCGUAUGAUAAUAUUUAUUCGCCCGAACCAAACCACUUCUUCCCUCCCUUAACGAAUAUGCCCCACACUCUAGAUCUACCGGAUUCUCUCAUAGGCGUACCGCCACCCCCUGUUGAUAUAACUCCUAUAACAACAGCGGAUACCGUUCUAUUAGACGAUCUGGAUAUCCUUAAAGUACCCCCACCACCACCAAUAGAUUUUGACCUGGAGGAUGAUUUUCCUUUUGACAGUAUACCCCCACCUUUACCGCCUACCCCACCACCAGUGCUUCCAAAAACUCCUCCUCCUGCUUCGCCAAUUGUUCACGAAGUUCCACCCCCUGUAUUGAAAUCAAGAGAGGUGAUUGAUUUCCCCCCACCUGUACCUCCCCUACCAUCCGAGGAGGAAAUUAAUCAAACAGAAUCAUUUGCUGUACCUCUUACUACAGACAUAUCGAGAGUUUCUGAGAAACUUCACAUAUUUUCCCCAGCCAAAACUUCCCCAUUACUUUUACCCAAACCGAAAAAGGUCCCUCCUCCCGUUCCCGUAAAAAGAUCUACUUUGAGCAGAGCUUUCCACAGUGAAGAAAAGCUGUUGGACUCUGAUGGGCCUAAAGAAAAAAUAAGCUUUUCUAAACCAGUUGUGUCGGCAAGACCUCAGUCUCUAAUUUUUUCUUCUAACAAGCUUGCUGGAUUUACUAGCGGAUCUUUAGGGAAGUACGGUAUGGUGCAAAAGCCCCCACAGUCUCCCAAGGGCCACACCCAGAAGCAAUCAGUCAGCGACAAGAAGAAAUUCUUCGAAACUGCCAUGGAGGAGAGCCAAAAACCAACGAAACCAGGAAAAGUAUUUAGUUAUUUAAGUGCGGACGAACUAGAGAAGCUGAAGGCGGAAGAAGAAAGGAAGAUAGCUAAUUUAUCGACUGCCGAAAUCAAUUCCGUGAAUGAAUUAGACCAUUCCGACGCCGAGUCAAUUGAAUCGCAAAGAUCAAGACCUUCGAGUACUAUCGGUAUCGUGCGAACAGCGAAAGCUGAGAAGCGCCUCAAAGAUAGAAUGAGAGAAGAAGGUCUACUAACCGACGAGGACGAUACGCCUCUGUCGCCUGCCGAAGAGCGAGCGCUGAGGGCGGAGAAACGGGCGGCCUGGCGUGCCGCUCGCUUGAAGUCCCUAGAACAGGACGCUAUCCAGGCGCAGAUGGUAAUUAAAUCCAUGACCGACAUGGUGGGGGCGGGGGAAGUACCCACUCCACCCAUCGCGGAAGUUCCAAUUAAAGAAGAGUUGAGGCCGUCUAGCGCCGACUUCCCCAAGUUGGCGGUAAGAAUGAAGCCGGGCAACACGACGGUGCGGGAGAGCGAGAAGGUCCUUGGCGAGACGAUAACGAGGAAGACGGAAGAGUACGUCGACGAACAGACAGGUGAAAAGCGCGUACGCACCGUCGAGUACGUUGAGAAGCUAAUCGAAAGAGAGGUGGAACAAAUCCAAGAAAACAUAGUAUCUCUGGAACUGACCAAACCCGACGACCUCAAACUAGACGUUUCCCUCAACGGUGACGACGCGACUUCGAGGCAGGACGAGGGGGAGGACGACGAGAGCGUCUCGGAACCCCCGACUCCCACCACCGACCAGGAGCGCACGCUCGACUCCUCCGACGCCACGACAAACAACAAGAAGAAACGACGGAAACGUUCGAAGAAGGGAAAACACUGACCGUUGCCAUUUUAGCCGUACGGAUAUAUUUUUUUAAAUAAGCGACAUCACAUGAUUGUUUCUCCAGGGUGGAUGGGUUUUAUAUAUUUUUAAACAUAGUCUAUAAAUAUGUUCUAAAUUAUUGUUAUAAUGUACAAAGUAUUUAAUUGUAUUCUACAUAUUUUAUGUAUUUUUAUUACAUUCAACUAAGUGUAUAAUGUAUAACUUUUUCCAAGGCUUUCGUUUUAUGUAAUCUGGCGCCAUUUUUUUUUUAAUUAAUUUUAAUACAAUAUGGUUAUUGACGGUGGCUGCGCAGGUUUUUUAUAUAAGGACAAUAUGUACACUGAAGUGCUUUGGAAAAGAGACUUAAAUUUUAAUAAAUAAAUACGAUAAGUUUCC